GCAGACCACGGCCCGCCGUCGCCCGGCCCGGCGCAGCCCGUUCACACCGCGGUCGAGACAGAGACAGUCCGGGCACGGCAGCACGGCAGCAAGGCACGCCGGCCAGUGGGCAGCAGCAGUAGCAACGCGGGCAACGCGCCUCCGAGUCGCCAGCCACCGCCGGAGCGCAGCACAACUGGAUAACGCAUUGGGAAGGACAGCCUGCUGGCCGGGAUGGACCCCUCCGUCAAGAAGCUGGUGGCGUCCGCCGUGGCCGAGGCCGCGGGGCUGGGCAUGAUCUGCCUGUUCGGCUGCAUGGGCACGCUGAGCGGGCCGCUGGGCGGCGGGCUCCCCCACAUCCAGGUCGCCUUCACCUUCGGCCUGGUCGUCAUGGUGGCCAUCGCGUGUUUCGCACACAUCAGUGGCGCCCACUUCAACCCCGCCGUCACCCUCAUGGCCCUCAUCAUGAAGCUGAUCGACGUCAAGACCGCCAUCGUGUACUUCAUCUCGCAGUGCAUCGGCGGCGCGCUCGGCUUCGGACUGCUCAAGGCGCUGACCCCGACGCCGCUCAUGUACUGGGGCCGUGAGCUGGCCGCCAACGCCACCGCGGCCGCCGCGCCCGGGCCGUGCUGCACCGUGCCGCACGCCGAGCUGCACGCGUCGCAGGCCGUGCUGGGCGAGUUCGUGGGCACCGCCGCGCUGCUCAUCCUGUGCUGCUCUGUCUGGGACCCCCGCAACGCCGCCAACACGGACGGCAUCCCCAUCAAGUUCGGCCUCCUCAUCGCCGCCGUCGCCAUGUGCAUGGGUCCCUACACCGGAGCCAGCCUCAACCCUGCGCGCACGCUCGCCCCCGCACUGUGGGAGGGCACCUGGACACUCCACUGGGUGUACUGGGUGGGCCCGCUGAGCGCGGCCGUGGUGCUGGGCUACGGCUGGCCGCUGCUGUUCUCCCCCGAGCCCGAGCCGAUCGUCAAGGACCACGCCGACGUGCCCCUGACGGUGGUGUCCAGCGACGGCAAGAAGAGGCACUCCCGGCUGGCCGACGAGGACGACGAGAAGUCCGGCUACUAGUUGGCCAGGCCGGGGCCGCCGGGCCGCCGGGUCGGGCCGCAGGGUCGCCGUCAAAGUCGCCGCUUGGCUCCUCCCUGCGGACUCACUCACCGGGGCGACGGGGGCGACGGCCUCCACGUUUAAGACCCGACGGCGGCGGCUCGAUGGCCAGACCCGCUCGGCGGGGCUGCGCGGGCUGCGCCAGCAGGCUGACUCCGAACGGUGCUGACUCGCCCUGUCUCUCUCGCACUCCCACGCGACGCGCCGCGAGUGCGAGAGAGACGCAGCGACAAAGGCACUGUCCGCAGCCAGCCCGCUGGCUGCGCCGCACGCCCUGAUCUGGAGAGGGCGUCUACCUCAAAUAUUUGUGCGCGGCGCGGCUGAGUCGGUCCGGACCAGACCAUUCCAUUCCAUUCCCUCCCCGAGGACGGGGAGUCAAGCAGCAGUCGUUACUGCUCGGAUGCAAACCUAGUACAAACAACUGCGCGUUACUCAGUACCCGGCUCGCUGGCCGAACUGAGGUUCUGCGUCAAAACAACGUAAAUUCUAAUGAUGCGUGAAAUUUUAAAAGAUGCCUUUAUUUUUCGGUGGGAUUCUUGCCGGUGGUCCUUCGGGACCCGCAUUUUAUUUAAGUGGCUGUCGAUCGAUCGAUUGUAGAGGACUGAUGAAUUUUAAUUGGUGCGAUGCGAUUUCGUUGGGAUGUUUCGAGUAGCGUCUACCUAUUCUGGAGAAUGCAUUUCCUGUUCAUUUGUCUGUGUGUAUAUACUCUUGCAAUAAUUAAUUUAAAAGUAUUAGUAGUAAUGAACUGUAUAAUUAAGUUUUGUAAAAUAUUAUUUUCCUUCCCAUUAUUAUUGAUGUCUUGUCAGCCUUUACAGGCACUCUAACUUAACUGAAUCUGUGGAAUAGUCCUACGCACUGAUAAGAGACCAUUCGUUUUUAGAAUAUGUCGAUAUUUUUUGCCUGGAGAGAGACUCAAUGAUACCAUUUUACUGUCAAGUUGCUCUCUGUGAGAGAAGCAAGUGACCAAUAAAUGCCUUUCAAUUUGUUGGAGAAGUGCUUCUUUCAGAAGGGGCCUGCUUCUAGCAAACGUGUUCAACUCAAGAGACCAAAUAUGUACAUAAAAUUGUCAUUGUUGAUGUGAUUGUAAAUAGAGAGCACUAUGUGUAAAUGCACUUGUAUUUUUUUUUAAAUGGCCACUUUGCCAAAAGAGUGGCACGAAUAAAAAGUUAUGUUGGUGCUUGAGUAUAAA